AUGAACAAUUCGUACUUCAAGAUUAACGGUGAUGAUUCGAACCUUGCUGUGGCCAUGGCACGUAGCGCUUUAACCUCAACAACAAUUUCAGAGGUCCAGGCCCAGCUCUGGCAGGGCGCCAACGUCACUUGCGUGCUCAAAUAUGGCACCCAGGGAUUGUUGCAGUCCUGCAGAUACGGCGCUAGUACUUUGGCAAAUAUGUCCCAGCUAGCGGAGCCAUUUCUGGCAGAGCUCCCGAGUGGCUAUAACACUGGACUCUAUGAGCAAUUUAUCCCUCGAUUCAAUUCGAGUGCUCAGUAUGACACGCUUAGAGAGGAGGUGCACUGGGCCAGGCUAAAUACCCGAUAG